AUGGAUGAAGCGGCUGACCUGGUCGCAGAGCUGCUGCCACAUAGGCAACCCGGCGAGGUGGCCGCGAUGGCACGGGACCUCGGGGCAUGGAAGCGUCGAGGAGAGAUGGCGCCGAGCUUGGCUAGGCAAUUGAGUGAUGGGAUGCCUUCGCAAUCAGUGACAGGGAACAGAGGUCGUCCGGAUCCGGGAGCCAUCUUUACUGCACUUGUGGAGAGCAGCCCCGCCAUUGCGCUGGAAGGCUUAAAGCGAUCUAUCAAGGCUCGGCGUUUAGCCCAAGCAGGGCGAGACGAGCGGGAGAAGGAGGCUCGCGAAAGGUGGGGUCUCGAGCUGGUUACAUAUAUCAAAGAAGCCAAUCUUCCGUGCGCCGAGAGGAUGUCUGCAAUGGGCGGGCAUAACAAUCAAUGGCUUCGUUUGUUUGGCAAUCGCAGGUCGAAGACACUGCGCAAUCGGGCUAUGUCGUGGCGAGGUUUUCGAUCGUGGCUUCAGGUUACCCAGGGCAAGGUUUGGCCGAGUGACGUGGGGUCCUUCUUGAAGUACCUUGAAGAGCGCCACGAGGUGCAGCCUCUGGGAAAGACUGUGCCGGGGAGCCUCCUGUCUUCUCUUUCUCUGCUGGAGAGUGUUGGCCAGGUACCGAGUUCUGACAGGUACAGUCACGACAACAUGCUCAUUGAAAGUGCCCGGUCAUGGCAGGCUGAGCUGGAGGCUGGUGCACUGCCGGUAAAGCAAGCUCCUAUGUAUACGGUUGCAAUCAUGUUGGCAUGCGAGCUGGUGGUGCGGAAGAGCAGCAUUGCUGUGGGAUAUCGUGUCAUGGCUUUCAUCCUCUUGGUUAUGGACUGUGAUAGGGAGUACAUGGAUGCCGAGGGCCUUUCGCUUCAGGUCCGUCGCUUCCUCAGUGAGCUGCGGACACCUUUCAGGCACGAGGGACGCUGGGGCCUGAGUCGUGCACUACUCAUUCCGGGAGCUAUGGUGCGCUACUGGACAGGCCAUUCAGGGAGGCACACACUGCCUAGCUUGUCUGCGGCGAUAGAAGUGGGAAAGGAGAAGCGAGACUUCUUGGGGCGCUGGGCCUACUCUCAGCACGGAUCUCAGGACUACGUGCUGACCGCCAGGCAGGUGGUUCAUGGUGUUCAGAAUCAUGUCUGCAAGACCCUCUUGGAGGGUAGUGAUUCCGGGGGAUACAUGGAGGAAGAAACCCUCAGCGAGCUUGAGGCCUUCGCUAGGGCCCACGACAUGGACCUUGAUUUCUUGGAGGGGCAUCGCAUUCUAAAGUGGGAUAGUGAUGCAAAAAGUUGGAAGCUCGGAG